AUCUAAAUUUCUACUCAAGACCUUUACUCAAAUUAAAUCAAAUGUGUCUGCAUCAAAUAAAAAGAAGGUUGAUGAUAGAUUCUUUUGGAACAAACACAUGAUCCAGGAUCUCAUCAAUAUUGAUAAUACAGAAGUGGACUCUUGGAUUAUACCUAUCAUUCAGGGAUUUGUACAGAUUGAAGAGCUUGUAGUUAAUUACAGUGAUACAUCUGAUGAUGAGAAAAGUAGUCCAGAGACUCCACCUCAGGAGUCAACUUGUGUAGAUGAUAUUCACCCACGAUUUCUGGUAGCACUUGUCUCACGCCGAAGUCGACACAGAGCUGGGAUGCGGUAUAAGCGAAGAGGUGUUGAUAAAAAUGGGAAUGUGGCAAAUUAUGUGGAGACAGAACAAUUGAUUCAUGUCCAUAAUCAUACUCUCUCUUUUAUUCAAACACGGGGCUCUGUGCCAGUAUUUUGGAGUCAGGUUGGAUACAGGUACAACCCACGACCACGACUGGACAAGAGUGAAAAGGAAACUGUACCCUAUUUCUGUGCACACUUUGAAGAACAACUGAAAAUUUACAAGAAACAAGUGAUUAUUAAUUUGGUGGAUCAGACUGGACGAGAGAAGAUUAUUGGAGAUGCUUACCUUAAACAAGUGUUACUGUACAACAAUUCAAACCUCACUUAUGUUUCCUUUGACUUCCAUGAGCACUGCAGAGGGAUGAAGUUUGAAAAUGUUCAAACGUUAACUGAUGCCAUUCAUGAUAUCAUCCUUGAUAUGAAGUGGUGUUGGGUUGAUCAAGCUGGUGUGAUUUGUAAACAAGAAGGAAUUUUUCGUGUUAACUGCAUGGACUGUCUGGAUCGGACCAAUGUUGUCCAAGCUGCUAUUGCAAGAGUCGUCAUGGAACAGCAGCUGAAAAAGCUGGGUGUGAUGCCACCAGAACAGCCUUUGCCGAUGAAAUGCAAUAGAAUCUACCAGAUAAUGUGGGCAAACAAUGGAGAUUCCAUAAGCAGACAGUAUGCCGGAACAGCAGCUUUAAAGGGUGACUUCACAAGAACUGGUGAAAGGAAACUCGCAGGAGUAAUGAAAGAUGGAGUCAAUUCUGCAAACAGAUACUACUUGAAUCGCUUUAGGGAUGCUUAUAGGCAAGCAGUCAUAGAUUUGAUGCAAGGUGUUCCAGUGACUGAGGAUCUUUAUUCUAUAUUUACAAAAGAGAAAGAACAUGAAGCAUUGCAUAAGGAGACACUGAGAAGCCAUCAGGAACUGAUUAGCCAGUUAUUGCAAAGUUACAUGAAACUACUCUUACCAGAUGAUGAAAAAUUCCAUGGUGGAUGGGCACUUAUUGAUUGUGACCCAAGCCUCAUUGAUGCUACUCACAAAGAUGUGGAUGUUCUAUUGCUGCUUUCGAACUCUGCCUACUAUGUGGCCUAUUAUGAUGAUGAAGUUGACAAAGUAAAUCAGUAUCAAAGACUAAGCCUUGAAGCAUUGGAGAAAAUAGAAAUAGGUCCUGAACCAACCCUUUUUGGAAAGCCCAAGUUCUCUUGUAUGAGGCUGCAUUAUACAUACAAUGAAACAAGUGGAUAUUUUCAUACUCUCAGAGCUGUGGUGCGCAACCCUGAAGAGGAUGGAAAAGAUACCCUUCAGUGUAUUGCAGAGAUGCUGCAAAUCACGAAGCAAGCUAUGGGAAUAGAUGUGCCUAUUAUAGAGAAAAAGCUGGAGAGGAAGAGCAGUAAACCUCAUGAGGACAUCAUUGGCAUUAGAUCCCAGAAUCGAGGAUCCCUGGCACAAGGCAAGAAUUACUUAAUGAGCAAGUUUUCAUCUCUUAAUCAGAAAGUCAAACAAACCAAAUCCAAUGUUAACAUUGGCAACCUUCGCAAGUUAGGGAAUUUUACUAAGCCUGAAGUGAAAGUCAAUUUUUUAAAACCCAACUUGAAAGUUAAUCUUUGGAAAUCGGACAGUAGCCUUGAAACUCUGGAAAAUCCAAUGACAGAUACUAAAGUCCAUGUGGAAUCGGAUAUUGAAUUAUCAGAUAAUGACUCUUUCCAUUCUGAUGACUUCCUUACAAAUUCUAAAUCUGAUGAGGACCAUCAAUUAACUGACUCUUCAGAGAAUCUAGGCCAGAGAGACUAUGUUCUGCCCAGCUGUGGUAUCAUUGCUUCAGCUCCUCGACUGAGUAGUCGGUCCCAGUCAAUAAACAGCACUGACAUCAACAUUAGCAUUCACGUUCCUUCAGAGAUCCAUGUCGCCCAGGCUAGCAGACCUGAAUGUGAAGACAGACCUAUGCAGGGAACUCCUUUUGCUGACAAUGUGGCAAUGGAGUUCAUUAAACCCAUGGAUGCAUACUGCCACAGAUUUGUACAAGAUGCUCAAAACAAGAUGACAGAUGCUUUAGUGGCAGAAACUGCUCCUCAACAGCCCUGCCAAGGAAUAGAUCAAACCAGCAAUAAUACUUCUCAGAAAAGAGAAACCUGGUCAGAAACAAACACAGACAUCCCUUCCAGGCCAUCUAAACUGGAUGUACCAUUUUCUGAGUCAGGUUCUCAGUUCUUAGCUGUUGAGGAGACUUACUCUAAUAAAUGUCAUAAAAGCCCAGGAUCUGCAUCCAGUAUUCUUGAAGUUGAGACAGGACUUCAUACGACUCCUUCUCCAGGAGACAGUAAUGGCAGCAGAGCAGUCUCUCCCUUUGCUAAGAUCCGCAGCUCUAUGGUCCAAGUUGCUAAUAUUACACAAGCUGGAUUGACCCAAGGGAUAAACUUUGCAGUGGCAAAGGUACAGAAGAGCCCAGCUGAACCAGAGGCUGUAAAUGAAGUCCAACAAAAUGAACUGAUACAAAUGUUUACACAGUGCCAGACACGAAUAAUUCAGAUUUAGUUGCUAACUUAGAAUUUGUUCUUGUUGUGGCUCGUACAUAUUCUUAAAUAUUCAUACUAGAAGACCCAUGUAUUGUGAAUUGCCACUGAACAUUGGGAUAAAACAAUAGUAAUGUUUACAGGAAGUGGGUUUUUUUUUUUUUGAGGCAAAUUUAUUUUGGUUCUGAACAGGUUUCAGAAUUCCCUGAUGCAGCUGAGAUGAUACAUACUAUACUGAACAGGUAGCCUAUACACUGAUAUUUAGUAAGCACGCUGUUCCUUUUAAAUUGAUUGCACAGUUGUCUUUGGGACAAAUUUUGUAGGUCUUCUGAUUUGUGUAGAAUAUUUAUAGUAAGAGGGGCUGGUACUGCACUUCUUCUGUUACCUUACUAAUCUUGCACUGCACCAGCAAUAUAUAUUUUACUGACAAAUGACAUUUAUUCUAUUUAUUUUUGAAGUAGGUUUUUUUACUUUUUUUUGGUGUGGUUUCCAUUGACGUUCUAGACAUGUUCCUCAAGAAGUGGUGUCUUUGCAAUGGGAAUUGAUAACUUUUAACUCGUUUAGUUACAUUAACUGAAAGUUUACUCUUCCCAACCACCACUCUUGUCUAUCCUACCUCAAUUAAAGGAUAAGACAGCUAGCAAAAAUCUAAUAUCUUAAUUGCCUGAAGUGCAACUUCUUUAAAGCAUGGGGGUGGGAGGAUUGUGUAAAACCAAUGGGAACUAAUUGCUGAUAUUAAAACUCUCUUGUUCCCUUUUAUGUUCUACUAAACACAUUGCUCUGUAACUUUUGUUCUCUAUAAUAAGGUAAAACAAUCAGGGUACUUAUUUCUGGAUGCAUAUUGCUAAGUAUAUCAGGUCAUGUCCUGAUGUUGUGUUAAUUUGAUUAGAAGUUUUAACUGCCGUUAGCCAAAACCAGAAAGUGAUUAAGCAAGCAGAACAUAGAAGGAAAGAGUAUUCAUUCAUGAAGUCUGUCUGGUAAUUUUAAAAAUAAGAUUAUAAUAUGUAUUGAAACGGUUAGUUUAGUUUAAACCACCUUGACUUUAUGUGAUAUUGGCAUGGAUGAGGUUGAAUGCAUACUUGUGAAGGGAAUUAGGGACCAAUAAAUGUAUGUGUAAGGAA